CCGCCCCCCGCCAUGUCCUUGUGGGCCCGGAGCCUGGGGUCGGAGCCGGGCCGCUACCUGCGGGCCUUCCGCCUCUUCCUCUCCCGCUCCAGUGAGCACCAGGCUAUGCAAGCCUUCGUCGGGGGCCGCCUGCCGCCGCUCCUGCACAGCAUUGGCGAGGGAAAAGAAGAAAUCAACAUCCUCAGUGUUGGAGGAGGUGCAGGGGAGAUCGACCUCCUGAUCUUGGCCCAGGUCCGCUCUCGAUACCCAGACAUCCCAAUCAACAAUGAGGUGGUGGAGCCCAAUGCUGAGCAAAUCGCUAAGUACAAAGAGCGUGUGGCCACAACAGCAGGCCUAGAGGGCAUCAGGUUUACCUGGCAUCAGGAGACAGCCGAGGAGUACCAGCAUCGGACCACCACUAGCCGCCAGCUUCGCAAGUGGGACCUGAUUCACCUCAUCCAGAUGUUGUAUUACGUCAAGGACAUUCCAGCCACCCUGUCAUUUUUCCACGGACUUCUGGACGCCAAUGCCAGGAUUCUGAUCAUUCUGGUGUCAGGCUCCAGCGGCUGGGCCCACCUGUGGAAGCAGUAUGGGACCUCCCUGCCCCGGGACGAUCUGUGCCUGUAUGUCUCUGCGGCUGACAUAGCCGCUGCCCUGGAUGCCGGGGGGAUGCGCUUCCAGUCCCACGAGCUCCCGUCCGACUUGGACAUCUCCGACUGCUUCACGGAGGGCAGCGGGGACGGGGAGCUGCUGCUGGACUUCUUGACCGAGACCUGCAACUUCAGCAAGGCUGCGUCACCUGUCCUGAAAGCCGGGGUCCUGGAAACCCUGCGGGAUCCUGCAUGCAGCAUCUGCAGUGACGGGAAGGUUCUGUUCAAUAACAACCUGGAGGCCUUGAUGGUGGCACCCUGACCAGUCGGCCAGCUGCCUGCUUGCUCCCCCUCUGCCAGUCGGACUCCUCCAGUAUUAACCCUGCACUUGCAGAAUUGUAUUGACAUCUAGUUACAUCCCCUGUACCUGGGGAAAAUGCAAUUCAGGGGUCUCCCAGUGCUUAGUGGAUCUAGCUUCUCCUUUCCAACUCCUCCCGGUAAUAGGCUUGGGGCAGUACUAGGGGGUCCUUAGAGCAUCCUGGAGGUGGAACUUGCCAAAUGGCAGUACUCGACGUACUGUUGGUGGCCCGUCUGGCAUGGCGGUCCGUAUGGUGUUUGCUCUCCUGGGAUUGAAACAAGUUAUUUUAUGGGGGAAAGAAAAAGAAGGAUGAGGGGGAUCCGCUUGCCUCCCUGUUGGCUUAAGAUAACUUUGGGGUGUUUUCUGGAGGCGUGAUUUUCCGUUUAAGUUUGCUCUGGGGUUGGAAGUGUUGCAGUUUCUUCUUCUAGGUCUCCCAGCAGUUUCCUCUCUCCCCACCCCGAUGAACUGGUUUGGCGAGGUGGGAAAGACUCCUGAAUUGCAUUUGCCCUACGUGUGGGGGAUGGAACUAAAUGCUCACCCCGCAAGCAAGACCCUUUCUGCUCUUAAGUCCGUGGGUAGUGAGGACCAGCCAGUUGACAGGUGGAUGCAACCACCAGUCAGUGAGAAACCCUAUCUCUCCCCACUGCUGCUGUUCCUGGACAAUAUUCCUGUUUUCUGGCAGCUUAACUCCUGCUCCAGAGUAGAACAUUCCUCCUGAUGGGAACCUGGGGGCCAGGCAGGCAGCUAAUCAUGUGGAGGAAUGGGACCUGUUGAUCCUGCUGAAGCCCAGGCAGUGGCUCCAAGUCCUUGGCAGACAGGUUCUGGCAACCAGUAGUCUGCAAGCUCUCUACUUAUGGAUGCCAGGAAGGACUGUAUGAGAGAUCAGACUUGAGCCAGGCCAUUCGGGUCUGGGAGUGUAAUGCCCUCCCAUGCCCCCCUGGUGGACUGAUGUUGGGGAGGUGGUGCCCGGGACCCUACUAGGAGCUGUUUGAUAGCAGGGAAUCCCACAGACCGCCACAGAAAUAGGGGGAGGGGAUUGGAGACUUUGGUCUGGUGGGGGACAGGUUUGGGGAGUUUCACAUAGGAACCAUCCACUCUACCUUCCUGGGGAGACACAGAGCUGGGACUACUGGGAAGGUGUGGAUGGGCCUAGCCACAGGGGAGGUGGACAGACGUGGCUGAUGGCUGGACUGCCUCAAUGGGAUGAGUGCCCCUGGCACCUGGAUGCACAUCGCCAAACCUCAGAAUCACUCAGAUUGCCCUUCUGCCUCUGCUCCAAUCUCACAGCCAUCUCCUCAAAACCCCAGAGCGCCCUCACUGCCCACAUCCCAGGCCUUCAGUCUCUAGCGGGGCCAAGAUGGGCUAGUGUGUGACCCCACUCUCCCCAGCCUUUCCCACUGUCCAGUUGUUCCACCUGUACUCGCUCUAGCCACAUCCACCUUCCUUUACUCUCCACCCUACCCCCCAACCCUUCCCUGAUCCACACUGCCCUCUAAGCCCCUUCUGCCCUGUUUCUCAACCAUCCUUGCCUUCUACUCCCUGCCCUGCACCUCUAGUCUCCCCUAGUCUCCCCCACACCUCAGGCCCUGGGCAUUUCAUGGUUGGUCAAGAGGCUUGGGGUGGGGAGCAGUUUCUUGGUCCGUUGUUCUGGGAAGUGGAGGGGGAUGGAG